UUCUUCAGAUCAAUCCAAGUCACCAUGCUUUUUAAGUUCGCUCUAAUCACCAUGCUAGCCACAGCGUUCAUCAGCGAAGCUUCAGCAAAUUCCUGUCCUCGCUGGGUGAAGCUAAACAAGAGUCCAGUCUGCUUCGGAGCCCGAGACAGUCAGUUCGGCGCGUUUGCUUACUCUCAGAACAUCCUCGUAAGCUCGUUCAUGCUCGUUCAUCGUUCUGGAACAGUGACGUGUAAUAAAAGACAUUAUAGUUACUGGGGAUGUUAUCCAAAUCACGCAAGUAUAAAUGUCGUCUUAACAGAUAAUCAAAACAAGUUAUUGGCCCCAGCUGCUACCAAUCAUGGUGGAUGGUACAAUCUGUCAGGUUACACCUCCUCAUCUUCUGCUCUCGUGUUCUGUGCUGCCAAGAAGCCCCACUGUAUCCACGCCAACACCCAGCUUCGCCUGUGGUACGGUGAAGAUUUACGUGGCUACACAGAGAGCGACAACGGUGGCAAAACUUGCGCAGAUGUUUAUGGUCUGCUGGUCUAAACUGCGAUCAACAAACCUCGAACAUUAGACUGAACGAGAUGAUAACUGAUAGAGAAAGACUGUCUAUUUAUAACAAGUUGUCAAAAUAGAGAUAAUAAAGUGAUUCGAGGUCAGAGAA